GCCGACUGUAGUUGUGACUUAACUAUUGAAUUCUUCAGUAAAACUGUGAUACAUUCUUUGUCCUACAAAGCAAACUUUACUUUCAAACUUUAAAACUUCCAAGAAAUAUUUUAACAAUUCCUUGGGCAAUUCGGUGAACAAAAAUAGCAUAUAAUGUGUAUAUAGUACAGUAGCGCUAUUGCUUCAGCAAUUUCUCUCCUUCGGCACUCGCCAACUGGGAAAAUAACUUGUAUAGUCGAAAAGCAACACACAACACAGUCCGUGUAUUGCAUAAACAUGAACACAACACAGACGUGCGCUAAUGCCAAAACAUAACCUACUCAGUUUGACAACAAAAACUCGAGCAUGGAACAGCAUCCGAGCCUUGCAAUUAGGGAGAAAGUCAUUGCCGCUGUAAAGCGCCACCCCGGAAUUUAUGAUACGAGAUUGAAGGAGUUCAAAUUCCAGUCUCUGAGGGACAAAGCAUGGGCACAAGCGGCGAAAGAAGUCGAUUUGCCAGUGAAACAAUUGAAGCUUAUUUUCCAAACCCUGCGACAAACUUACUCGCGAAAAGUGAGGAAAAUGCGGGAAGCUCCCGCAGAUGAGGCGACCCCAUGGCCAUUCUACAAGCAAAUGAGCUUUCUCUACGAGUUUGUGAAGCCGCGGAAGAUAAAUAAUUGCCCGAAGAGGGCACAACGUCACAUUCACACUGAGUCCACUGAGUAUGAGUGCAAUGUAUCAGGCCAGGCUGAGGAGAAAAGCGACAUGGAAUAUGAUCCUUUGGAUGAAGAAAGUAGCUUCCUCAAAGACGCUAUCAUUAUGGAUUCUGACGCCUCUGAGGAUGUGUAUAAGGACAAACACAUCGUUACUAGUCAAGCAUCUUCGUAUAUACAAGUAAAGAGGCCCUCAACGGAACUGCAACAUCAUCAGGAUGAUACGACCACAGCUAAUUCACCCUACUCCAGCACUAAUCCAGACAUUUUCACCUACUACAGCAAAAUUAUAGGGGAAAAACUGCGAAGCCUGCCGCCGGAAAGGGCGGAAAAUAUUGCCAUUAAAUUUAUAGUGGAACUGAAUGCGGAACUGAAGAAGUGAACUCUCUGAGCUUUUGUCAAUUCAUAUUAGGAGUCAUUAGAAUAAUUACUUGAAUAAAUAAUUUCACCAAGAAUAUCAUGGAAUAAAAUUACAAAUUUUACCAUUAAUUGCCAUCAAAUUGUCUGCAAGGGAAGUUAUAAAUUUUCACUAUUUAACUGCCGAUUAAAGACGUUCGUCGGAAUUAUAGAAU